AUGUUUCUAGGAGAAUCUUUGUUAAAGAUUUCCUCGAUUGCGUCAUUGACAAACUUUCUGAGUUUAGUUCUUCAACCCAGACCUGUGGACCCACCAGGAAUAUUCGAAACCCCAAUCAGUAACACAUAUGACUACAUCGUGGUUGGAGCAGGGUCAGCAGGCAGUAUUGUUGCUACACGUUUAUCUGAAGAUUGUGCGAAUGUAUUACUAUUAGAAGCAGGAGGAACAGAUCUUGAUGAUGAAAGAACACAAAUACCUUUAAUGUGGUUUUUCCUUCAAGGCACUGCAAUGGAUUGGGGAUAUUGGACAGUCCCUCAAAAGUUUUCACAUCGGGCAAUGAAAAAUGAGAGAAGUUAUUGGGCACGAGGAAAGAUGAUUGGGGGUUCAUCGGCAAUGAAUGCUAUGGGAUUUGUUCGAGGGAGUCGGUUCGACUUUGAACAAUGGGAACGUGAAGGUGCCACUGGCUGGGGAUACGAUAAAGUUUUGCCGUAUUUUAAGAAGCUUGAAAACGCAAAAUUAACGGAUUAUGGAAAUUGCGGCAACUUCAUUUUAUAUUUAGAAACACGAGGCAAAUUUGGACCCAUAGUAGUGAAUCAAGAGAGCGCAACACCUCUAAGCUUUUUCCACCUAAAGGCGGCUGCAGAAAUGAACCUUCCUGUUAUUGACUGCAGCGAUCAAAACCCAAGAGGUAUUUGUGUCACACAAUCAAAUAUCAAAAAUGGAACUCGUUGUAACUCCGGAAAUUGCUACUUGAGGCCUGCAUUGGAAAGACAAAACUUGCAAAUUCUUUUUCGCAAAAACAAAGCUGUAGGAGUAGAAUUUGUGAAAGAUAACAAAACAAUUAGAGUUUUUGCCAAAAAAGAAGUAAUUCUGUCGGCAGGUGUUAUUGGUUCAGCUCAGAUUCUUCUUUUAUCAGGAAUUGGACCAACCGAGCAUCUUCGACAAAUGAAUAUUAAUGUCAAAUCAAACUUACCAGUUGGAAAAAAUAUGCAGGACCAUCUUGAUUUUUUUCUCAAGUAUAAUAUAAAUAUGAGCUUAAAUACUAACAGUGAAAAUUUUGCAACACCUAGGCGAAUACUUAACUUCGUAUUCAACAAGAAAGGUAUAUUUACUGGAAGCGGUGGGGAUGUCAAUGUUUUUACACAUACAUGUAGGAAAAUGAACGAAGGUCCAAAUAUUCAACUUACAAUUAUUCCAACUGCUUACGAAAAAGACGCAGUUGAAGAUCUAUUUUUGAAUUUAAAGAACGAGGUAGUUAAAGAACAUCUGAAACGUGUUAACUCAAACAGUUUUCAAGUUAUUCUUUACAUCCUGAAACCAAAGAGUAUCCGUUUUACUCGUCGCCUAGAAAAAACUAGUGCUUGGAAAAGUAUCAAUGCAACUUACAUAAGACACGAUACACCAAAUCACUGCAGUGAAAUAGAGUAUGACUCUGAUGAUUAUUGGGAGUGUAUGCUUCGCCAUUUUACAAGAAGGGGAGAUCAUCAAAUGGGAACAUGUAGAAUGGGAUCAGUUAAUGAUCCCUCGUCGGUCGUGGAUCCUAGAUUGAGGUUAGUACAUUAUCUAGAGCAAAUACAAGAGUAA